CACGAGAUAGAAGCAGAUCUUCCCGGGUAGCGGCCGUCCUGUUGGGCAGCCUGACCGGUGUGAAAGUUGGGAUGAGGGAGGUAUUGUUCACGGUAAAAGUGGUUGGAGUUGCCUUACGGUGAAUAACCAGCCUCGUCUAUCAGCCCUUCCUCUGCCUUCUUCUCACACCCACAAUCGUUCUUCAUCUUUCCAAUAUCUUCCCCAAAUCAUCUUUUGCCCACAGCCAACCUCGCAACACACCACAUACAUCUUCCUUGCCCUUCACCUCAAGACUUCACCCUCGAGCAAACGACAACAUGCCUUCCCAGUGGGACCACAAAGCCGACAAGGACUUGCUCCUGGCGAUCAUCGAAAACGGCGACUUGAAGAGCAUCAGCUGGCCCGCCAUAGCCGCAAAGAUGCAAGCCAAAGCCUACACCUUCACCCAUGAAGCCUGCCGUCAGCACUUUCAAAAGAUCCGCAAGGAAUCGAGGAACUCGGCUGGCGGUGGCGACUCCUCUUCCCCAAACAAGCGUGCCAAUACCAACGGCGUCCACAAGUCAACUCCGCGCAAGGGUAGCAAAGCACAUGGCUCCUUUGAACAGUCUGCCAACGACGAUGAUGACGAAGAAGACUUAAAUACCCCGCCCUCGAAACGCAAGCGGACCAAGAAGGAGGAGGGCAAGGAGAAUGCCGAUGAACAGUCUGCGUAUCUCUUCAAGGUGGAGCACGGCGCUGUGAUUGAUUUGGAGAACAAUGACAUAUAUGAAGGUUAAGCUACAUGGCUCCUCCCUUGUUGCCGUCGCUGCUGCUUCUCGGUCUGAAGAUUGGCUGGUCGCUGGAGCUAGGCCUGGACUUUGUGCGCGUCUGCUUUGCCUAGGAACGAACAUAUGGGGUGACUUUGGCCUGAAAAAAUGGUUCCCUUUUCUUCUUCUUGCUUUCAUGAUAAUGGCCGGCGUGCCCUGGGUAUUUGCGUUCCUUUUCAGGGACGGCUGCUGCGUGCUACUGUCCCUCACUGAGGUGCGCCGCUCAGCGGGGUGGAAGACACCUCCUCUGUACCUCGUCUUCUCCAUAUGCGGUGCAAUUUCAAUAAUAAAAAAAGCUUACUUCU